AUGACUUUUGACGGAACAAACCUCAAAGACAAGCAAUCGAUGGAUCCUAAGACCCACCAACAAACACCGAAGGUGAUCACCAUCACCGGAGACGGUACAUGUAGCACUGGUGGAGGGAGUAACACCGGAGGAACAUCCUUCUCCACUCCCCAAUAUCAAACCAACCCAAUAAGGCGAAGCAACCCUAUUGAAUUCCUCAACCUAGGAGCCAACGAUGAACAAACGCCAGGCAUGGCAACGCCGGAGAUAUAUAACAAAAUCCUGAAGAAAAGCCAACCAACCAAAGGAAGGAACGAAGGAAGAAACGAGCAAAAGAACGAAGGAAGGAACAAGAGGAGAAAUGAAGGAGAAGAAAACCCGAAAAAUCAGGAACACAGAAAAGACGACUCUGAAGAGGAUAAUCUAAGGAAUGCAGCUAGAAAUGGAGAGAACCAAGACGAUGCCCGAAGUGGACUUAACUCUAAGCAAGAGGAACGAAGGGAUAAAGAAAAAGAGGACGUACCACCAAAAAGAAAGAGACAAGAUAAAGAUACUGGAAAAGAACAAUCAAAGAAGAUGAACCAGAAAGACGAAGGUGAGUCCUCGAAAUCGCCCCAAAAAAGCAAAGCCACAUAUGUCGUUGAGGAAGAUUUGGAGGAAAAGAUCGCCAAAACACUAAAAAGCUGA